AUGGAAGGUAAAGAUGCCGUUUUUGCAGCAUCAGCAGCCUCUGAAAUAAUAACACUUGUUAUAACUGUUAACUAGUUAUAAUCAAAGGGUAUCCACAGGGCAGGGCAAUCUACACUCGCCAGGUCUCCCGUGUCAUUUGGACGUGAUUGCAAUGAGGAGCAAUGAGAAGGGUUACAAGACACUUGUGAAGUGGGGUUGAGCCAGAGGGAGAGAGAGAGAGGGGGAGGAGGAGGAGUAGAGGGAAAACCAUCCUCCGUCCUGUAGAUCCAUCAGUGGGCAGGCUGGAGACGGAUGAAAGCUCUCCUCCCAUCCUUCUCUGCUGCAUCCAUCCGCUCUCUUAUCCAUCCAUCUAUCCAUCCACCACCCCAUCCACCCAUUCAUCUCCAAGGGCGUCUCAAGGGGUGACAAGACCCGACUGAACGGCAAUGUAUACGCGGACGCGUGCGUGUGCGUGAGUCAUCCGUGUGCGUGAGCCUCUGUGCGCGUCUGGUCUUGUCUGUGGAACCUCCGACAUGAGGGGCUGAAACAGAACCGACAGAAGGAUGAAAAUGCUCCGGUUUCGCAGCCCCAGCCUCCGCUCCUUGGACCAGGAGAUCCUCUGUACGAUCCGGUUACUGGACGACUCCGAGAUCUCCUGCAGCAUUCAGAGAGACACCAGAGGCCAGUUCCUGUUGGACCAUGUGUGCAAUCACUACAACCUGCUUGAGAAAGACUACUUUGGUAUUCGAUAUGUAGAUCCCGAGAAACAAAGGCACUGGCUGGAGCCCAAUAAACCCGUAGUGAGGCAGAUGAAGUCAGCUCAGCAGCCGUACACGAUGUGCUUCCGGGUCAAGUUUUACCCGCAUGAGCCAAUGAAAAUCAAGGAAGAGCUCACCAGGUAUCUCCUGUACCUUCAGUUGAAGAGAGACAUCUAUCAUGGUCGUCUACUGUGUCCUUUUGCUGAAGCUGCAUAUCUGGGAGCCUGCAUCAUACAGGCUGAGCUUGGGGACUAUGACCCAGAGGAGCACCCAUCAGACUACAUCAGAGACUUCAAGCUGUUCCCUAAACAAUCCCUCAAACUGGAGAGGAAGAUUAUGGAAAUUCACAAGAAUGAGCUCAGGGGCCAGUGUGCUGCACUAGCAGAGCUGAACAUGCUCCAAAGGGCUCACAGUCUUGAAACAUAUGGAGUCGACCCUCACCCAUGCAAGGACUUCACAGGCUCUACUGCCUUUCUUGGGUUCACAGCCACAGGUUUUGUGGUCUUCCAGGGAAACAAGAGGAUUCACCUCCUCAAAUGGGCUGACGUUAGCAAGUUGAAGUUUGAAGGAAAAACCUUUUACGUCAUUGGCAUUCAGAAAGAGAAGAAGCUGGUGUUGACAUUUCACACCUCGACCCCUGCAGCGUGUAAGCACUUAUGGAAGUGCGGGGUGGAGAACCAGGCCUUUUACAAGUGUGCAAAGUCAAGUCAGAUAAAAACAGUUUCCAGCAGUAAUAUCUUCUUCAAAGGCAGCAGGUUCAGAUACAGUGGCAGAGUAGCCAAGGAAGUGAUAGAAGCCAGCUCCAAAAUUCAGAGAGAGCCACCAGAAGUGCGCAGAGCUCAGUUUGGUCAGAGUCGAAGUUUUAACUCUCUGAGCCAUAAAAAUCUCAUCAUGAACAUGGAACCUUUGGUACCUGCACUGCCCUCCACCAACGAAUACGAAGAGACGGCCGUGGACAGCGGUGUUGCUGCUGUGAAGGACUCGGUCCCCCUGUCUCCCCUCAAAUCUUCAGCUGGGUCUGCAGAUGCAGAGCAGCAAAGUACUGAAGCAGGAAACUCUGCUUCGGGCAAUGACUUGCAGCCUCGUGUUUCCAUGGAAACCUCAAGUCUCCGACCUCAAACGCCCAAAGCUGAACAUGAAUUGGAGGAAGACGAUGAGGCCAGCGGCCCACUGACCAUUUCUGAGCUUACUUACAGUCCCUGUGCCAGCAUGCUUCCCACCCCAGUGGAAGAUAGCCAGGGAGGAGUCGACUUGCUCUUCUCCUCUCCAGUUCAAAGCCCCGCCAGGUUGCUGAGGGAGCUCCAUGCUGAUCCCGACAUCCAGGCCCAGCUGGAGGCCGAGAGGGAGCGAGACAGGGCCUACGAGCGCAGCCGCCUGGCUGCGAGAAGUCGAAUGAGUGGAGUCCUGACCAGCAGUCUGCGCCUACUGUCAUCCAAUGACAGAGUCAAUGCUUGCGUGUUGAGCGUGGCCCGCUUUGUCGCUGUGGUAAUGGGGGUCCUGCUCGUCACCGUGCCCACACUGCUGCUGCUGCUGGAGUCAGAUAUUGAUGUGUCCUUCCUCCAUGAGAUCCGGCAGACACCGGAGUUUGAGCAGUUUCACUACGAGUAUUACUGCCCGCUCCGACGUUGGAUCCUGUGUAAGAUCAGCAUGGCCAUGGAGAACCUGUGGUCAGACUAAGAUGGGAAAAGACAUCCAAAAAAAGAGCAGAGAGAAGAGUCACUGUGAGGAAAACAAAUACGUCCAAGUGUAUGUCUUAACAUGUGAUUUAAUCUUAUAUUUAAUCUAGUAUUCAGCCAAAACACCAGUCUGCCAAAGAGAUGAAAUGAGACUUUCUAGUUUAUGCAACACUACGUUGGCUCACAAAAUUCUUGUUGGAUGUUUAAUUUAAAAAAAUCAAUUACAUUUCUGUCAGGAUCCCUAAAAUGAGGCAAAACACUGGAACAAGAGCAUUUGUUUCACCUCUUUGGCUGCGUAAUUUGCUGCUUGGAAGAGAGAAAUACGAUUUUAAUAGUAGCAUUUAGUCACUUGUUAAGAUAAACACUUCAGAUAGUGAUGAAGUGAAAAGAGAGGACAGUAGAUGCUCAAGGAGGAACUUGUGGAAAGGGAUGUAAUGGACAUAGAAAAAGUCACAAAAAGAAGAAAUUUGAAUGGCUGUUCACUCCUGAUGCUGAUAAGUUGAUGCGGAGACUCUCCACGAACCUUUCUGAUUGGUUCCUGUCCUUGGAGCAGAGCACCCGAUUGGUCACAGAGCCUGUCAGUCAUGACGGAGUGGGUGGACGCAGAAAGCUAUGAUUGAUUAGUCACUGAACAACAACAUCCACAGUCAGAGGUACAUUAUAUAAAUAUAUACAUAUAUAUUUAAAAAAAAAAAAAAAAGAGAGAGAUAUUGAUAAUAAUGGCAAUUUAAAAAACUUGUUUUUAACAUUUUGUACAUUUUUAUGUGAUCAGAUCUUUCAGGAAUUUUUCAGUCAGAGGAUCUACUUUGAGCUUAUUUUCAAAUUAAUAGUUUACAAAAGAUUACAAAAAAAAGCGAAUUUACUGAGAUUUAUCAGGGUGUGAGUGUUGAGAAAUUUAAACUAUUUUUUAGGACUACCACCAACAGUUGUUGGCUUGGUAGCACCCUGGCUUUUUCCUACAGAGGCUAUAGCACAAAUCUUUUACACUGAUCACUGAUUACAACUGUUUCAGAUUACGUGAUGUCAUUUUGGAAAGAUGAGGAAGGCCGGAGAGAAACUCUCAGCUUGUUUUCUUUGAUAAAAUGUGUUUCGAUGAAAGUGUAAAUGUCAUCUGAACUAAAUGUUAGCUCAUUAGUUUACGGUCGCUCAUGCAUCUUUAAACACUGUGGACAGAGUCUGCGGUAAAAAUAUGAAAAAAGGAAGAAAAGGUUACAUGGAAGUUUAUGAGGGAAAAUGAUCGUGGAAUUAAGGUUCAUUUUUGAUUAGUCAGCAAUAUGCUACUUCACAGGGAGCUGUGCAUAAGUUUCAGGAGAAACUAAAGAUGGGUUGAUGUGGCUGACUCAAGAGUGUGCUCCAACGACACUGUGACUAGAUGAUACACAGUGGGACAAGUGAUGCGUUUAAUGGCCUGAAACCGCUCAUGAAGGUAAUGUAUUGGCGCGGUUGCAGUUGCAGUUAUUAAUCUUGCAGAAUAAGAUCACCAGUUAGGUCACAAACACAGUCAUUGGAGUACAUUUCUAAAAGGUUCUGUGGUUGCAUCAUGUUGAGUAUUUAUCUUUGGAUGUGACCAAAGACAGACGUAUCAUGUUGCAGUGUAUCAUGGGAUUCUGGUUUGAGGAGAUUUAAGGUUCUGUUCAUGGAUAUAUGCUUCUGAUUUGGCUGAAGUAUUUACCCCAAUCAGUCACCAAAUAAACUAAAACCACUUUCCUAGCACGUGCACAGGUCCUGGCAAAAUCCUCUGAGAGUGAGCAUUAACGAUCCUCUGUUUCCUGGGAAUGCUUGAUCAGAUUGGGACCUAAGGAUAUUGGAUGACAGGUCAGCACUGCUUUAUUUGCUUUACUUGAUAGAUAUCAAAGUAUACACAGGAAAACUGAUCUGGACCAGAGAGUGUAGGAUUUUGGAAAUUAUUCACAUUUGUCUGCCAUGAAAGUAUAAAAGGUGAGGUCAAAUAUAAAGCAAGUCAAGGUUUCUGUGUGUGUGCUGUCUGUAUAGAUGAUCUCAAAAGUGUCACUAAGUAAAAGUUUACUUUUUGGACCUUACAGCCAUUAACUUGUUGGUUGAACCUAUGACGAUGGCUGUCUGUUACAACAUAGUGACUCUGAAUGAAAGUGAUGCUAAAUGGCUUCAGAUCAAAUGAAAACAGAUGUAGUUGUGUCCGAAAUGUAGUUUGAUUUGGAUCAACUUCUCAGGAAAGGGCAUUUAUGCAGUUUAUGUUAAAAAAUUAAAAAGUCAUUAAUUAAAAAAAAAUGCAUAUACACACCAUGUAAUUUAUCCAUAACCUUUAUCUCAUAUGUCUUGCUAUUUAGAAUAACCAAGCACUGUAGGUGAAGUUAGACAUUAAUAUGUUGGCUGACUGUCUGUGUUGUUGUAGCAUAAUUUCACAUAACUAAUGUAUGCAUCCAUGUCAGUUUCAUUAAAAUACUACACAAAACUCCUUCUCUGAGAGCCUGUACGUGCAGUUUGGCCUUCAUAGAUAAACUUCAAUGCUCUUUGCACUACUAUCACAACUGGGAAUGGCAACACAGUAUAAUUUCUAGCCAGUCUCGAGGGUCUAUUACAAAAUCAUCACUUAAAGUUGAUUUUUCCACUCCUCGUACUCUUUGUAAGUGAGCUGCUACAGAGGCUUCUGCAGUGCACAGCCCUCACAUUCUCUUCUAUCUAUUCUGCCUCAUGUUAUCAGCUGUGUUGUCGUGUAACUGUGGACUUUAUGCAUUAAGAAGCUUUAUGCAUAUAUAGCAGAUAUGCAGUAACAACAGGAACAAGUUUAUUUGAGGACAAAGCAUUUAUUUUCCUACUACAGCACAUGCACUGAGUUUCAAAGGUGAAACUGAGCAAAGGGCCAAAUGACUCUGAUGACGAUGUUUGCAUCUAACGCUGCAGAUUCUGAGAUUUUUUUUUUUUUAAAUGGCUUCACUCGAGUGAACAAAGCUGAUCUGUAUGCACUGAUCAUCUCUGUCUUCAUAGCGUGUAUGCACAGGCAUCAAAGUGCUCAAGAGAUUCACCACAGAUUAAAAGACUCUUCACGGCUCUAAAGAUGCAGGCCUUGGUUCUUUAUUUCUGUGCUCCACCUUCCUGCAGUUAAACCAGGGAAUCUAUCUUUUUUGGUUCCUUUUGCUGACCUCUCAGUGCAAGUUGCAUGCCCUUCAUCUGUAAAUACUAUGUUUAUAGCUGUGGCAAAAGAAAAAAACAGUCUGGUCAAAGAUUUCCUUUCUUUCUUUCCUCUGUGUGUCUUGUCUGUGUAAAGCAAUCCACUGUAGAUUACAGGCUUGGCUGUCUCAACCAUCUUAGAUAAAUGCAUGUUCUCUGUGUUUUUACCAAGAGGAGAAACUGAUGAUCUUUUUGAAACCAAAAACCACUUUGCAGUGAUCUUUGGACUUCAUUUUAGUCACUCACUUCCCAACAUAGGCUACAGGUGGUUGCUAACUGUGUUAACUUUUUCUGAGUAUAAGACGUUGGCUCCUUGGAAGAAGUAAUAUUCUCAUUCCAUGAAGAGCAGCUCCUCUAGUUAGCUACAUUGUACUUUUGCUGUGUGCUUGUACAUCAUUAAAGCCAGACUUCAUUGCUAACAGAGCAUGCUAGCAUAUUAGCCACUGAUGCCAUGCAAGGCUAGAUUUCAUUCACUUUCACUUCACAGAACUGAAUUUAAUCUCACUUAUCAAAGUAUUAAUUCCAAUUUGCUCAGAUCUUUAGUUUGUAACUAGAAAAUUAGAAUCAACCACUGACUCAUUGCAAACAACAGAAAGGCCUUUGGGGUCUAUUUGAUACUGUAGCACUAUGUUAGUCUGUAGCUCAUUUAUACAUUAACAGCCUUUAAGAAAAGGGGAAUUGAACCACUUUGAGAUUCAGCUCUUUUUUUUUAGCUACAGAACUUGGGUUUCUGCUAUUGGCAAACAGCAUACAGGAUGGACUGAGAGAACAACGUUUGUUGCCUAAUUAUAAAGAAAACUGUGAUAAAGAAAAAAAUAGUAAAGUAAAAAAAUAUCACAUACCAUUUGAUGUCACGUCUGAGUGCAAAUUCAGAAGAUACCGGCAUGAGUCAAGUAUUUACAAACCUUAAAUUUAACAGCCUUUCUACAUAUCUGGAAAGUUAACAGCAAAAUCGCUUAACUAACACUUGGAAAUCAGAUUGUUUAAAACUACUAUACACAACCGAAUACACUAGUACAUGUUUUAAUUCAUUUAUUUAAGAUUUUAAAUAUUUGAACUCAGGUCUACUAUAUGCAAAACUACUGGACAUCACAUGGUAGAGCAAAAUAAACUGUAUAUUAUUUCAGUGUUGUGUGGGCAUGUACAGUAGUAGCAGAAUCUCUUGCAUGGUCCCUGUAUUGUUUUGAUUGUUAUUGUUAAAUCUGAUUGUUUUGUUGUUUUAUCAGUUAGUCAAAUCAUUUUGUUGUUUCUUUUUUGUCAUUUUGUCACUUUUAAUAAUAAACUCUGGGAGAUUUGAUUUAGGAAGAGUCAGAAAAAAGGGGAAAACCAUCCCUCGAGUAACGACCCCCCCUCUCUACUGGGACAACCAAGCCUUAUGAACUUUGUGAAGUGAACAUUUUGAAUGUUUGUAUGUUAUAACAAAAAACAUGGUUUGUUUUAUAUGUUAAUACUGCCACAAUAAAGCUCCCUGAUGAAUAU